AUGGAGUCCGAUAUCUCGCGACACCGGUUGUGCAUCUUUUGCCAGGGUAUCAACUUGGAGGAUAUAAAGAGCUAUGACGGAUACUUCCACCAGCCGACCUGCCAUGCCUUGAUUAGCAGUGCGAAUACAUGUGAUCUCUGCCAGUUAAUCGUUGACCUCUUCAAACGAUGCAUCCACGAGCAGCGCCUAGCGACAAGUUCGAUUAGAAGCCUUUCUCAUGCCUGGCACCUUGGGCCCGUAAGGCUCUUUGCGGCCAGCCAUGAGCUUGACUUGAACCCAGGCCUUUUCCAGCGACAAAAACGGGGCCGCGUGAAAGAUAAGCUGCUAUCCAAAAGGGUUGCUGUGACGUUAGGCAUGGUCGGCACUGAGCUCAUCUACGGGCCAGAUUAUCCAACUUUGCUCAUGUUCGCCGAUCCAGGCUCGUUUGCAGAGUCCAUGGGAGUUGUUGGGCUCUCGACCUCGGAGCGGGGAAUUCAGGACGACCCGAUUUGCGAUUUCAACAUAUCGAGAAUUGUUAGCUGGGCCAAGAACUGCGAACAGCAUCACAGCGCCUGCAACGGGAACUUCCUCAGAUCCAGUGGCCGUACGGUGGCUCCAAGGCGCCUGAUAGAUGUCGGCUUGUCCGGGCAGCCUGAUGUUAGACUCGUAAGAACGGAUGACCAGCCACUGAAGUACGCGGCUCUCAGUUACUGUUGGGGAACAAACCAGACCGGCUAUAUUACUACUACUGAGACCAUCGGCCAAAUGAUGCAGGGCGUGUCUUUAGCACUUCUCUCUCAGACAAUCCAGGAUGCCGUCAUAGUAGUCCGUAGGCUCGGACUCCGGUAUCUUUGGGUAGAUGCGCUAUGCAUUGUUCAAGGUCAGAAUCAGAGUGCGGAUUGGAUGGAUGAGAUACAACGGAUGGGCCAUAUAUACAGCAACGCAUAUCUGACCAUCAGUGCAACCUUAGCCAGUGCGGCUUCCCAAGGAUUCCUUGCUCAUCGUAUCCGCUCCGGGGUCCCAAUCGGUUUCAAGGUUAGUAUGAACGGUCGAUGCGAGGGAAGGGCCUUCUUCAGAGGGUGUUCGGGGAUCGUCAGCUCGUUCCGGGAAGAAGUGGAGGACAGCCCCCUACUCAAGAGAGCACACUCGGAAGAUGACCAGGAGGACAACGAUGGAUGCAUGGAGGCUGCAGCUGUCAUACACUGUCUCAGAGGCUUUGGUGUAUCUCUGGGGCUGACCGGAAAGCAGAAGGACACAAUCCAGGGGCUUUUCUUCAGGGCAUGGGCCGACUUGAUACAAGAGUACUCUGCGUUGCAGCUGACACAUGAGAGUGACAGAUUGCCCGCUCUCGCAGGGAUUGCCGACAUUGCAAGCCGGGUCGUCCCUGGCCAGAUCUCUCUGGGAUAUGGGAAACCAAUCUCUCUGCAGGCCUUCUCUGGCACCCCGCAAAAUACCCGGCGAAACUCUCUGGCAAUGCCAGUGUCCCUUCUUGGUCAUGGGCUUCAGUGA